GUGAUGAUCCAUGGGCACUCUUUGAAGCAAUGACCCGUGAUGAUGAGGCUGAUGUUCCAUGGGCACUCUUGGAAGUGACGUACCGUGAUGAAUCGUCUGAUGAAGGUGAUGAUCCAUGGGCGCUCUUUGAAGCAAUGACCCGUGAUGAUGAGGCUGAUGUUCCAUGGGCACUCUUGGAAGUGACGUACCGUGAUGAAUCGUCUGAUGAGGCUGAUGAUCCAUGGGCGCUCUUUGAAGCAAUGACCCGUGAUGAUGAGGCUGAUGAGGCUGAUGAUUCAUGGGCACUCUUUGAAACAAUUACCCGUGAUGACUCGUCUGAUGAGGCUGAUGAUCCAUGGGCAUCCGCCGAAUCGGUGACCGCCAUCAACGAUGAGGCUGAUGAUCCAUGGGAUGCCCUCGAAUUGAUAACCAGUGAUGACUGGUCUGAUGAAGAUGAUGAUCCAUGGGAUGCCCUCGAAUUGAUAACCAGUGAUGACUGGUCUGAUGAAGAUGAUGAUCCAUGGGAUGCCCUCGAAUUGAUAACCAGUAAUGACUGGACUGAUGAGGAUGAGGAUCCAUGGGAUGCCCUCGAAUUGAUACCCAGUAAUGACUGGUCUGAUGAGGAUGAGGAUCCAUGGGAUGCCCUCGAAUUGAUAACCAGUGAUGACUGGUCUGAUGAGGAUGAGGAUCCAUGGGAUGCCCUCGAAUUGAUAACCAGUAAUGACUGGUCUGAUGAGGAUGAUGAUCCAUGGGAUGCCCUCGAAUUGAUAACCAGUAAUGACUGGUCUGAUGAGGAUGAGGAUCCAUGGGAUGCCCUCGAAUUGAUAACCAGUAAUGACUGGUCUGAUGAGGAUGAGGAUCCAUGGAAUGCCCUCAAAUUGAUAACCAGUAAUGACUGGUCUGAUGAGGAUGAUGAUCCAUGGGAUGCCCUCGAAUUGAUAACCAGUAAUGACUGGUCUGAUGAGGAUGAGGAUCCAUGGGAUGCCCUCGAAUUGAUAACCAGUGAUGACUGGUCUGAUGAGGAUGAUGAUCCAUGGGAUGCCCUCGAAUUGAUAACCAGUGAUGACUGGUCUGAUGAGGAUGAGGAUCCAUGGGAAGCCCUCGAAUUGAUAACCAGUGAUGACUGGUCUGAUUAGGCUGAUGAUUCAUGGGAAGCCUUUGCCAUGGCGACCCGUGAUGACUGGUCCGUGGAGGCUA